AUGUCAACAUCAUCAGAUUUCUAGCCUCCUUCUCCAAGUCUCUCGCCUAGUUCAUAAAUAAAAUGUUAUCAAGAACAAUUAGAAAAAGCUCAUUCAAUGAUUGAUUAUUUGGAAGUGAUGCUUGCAGAGAAGUAAGCAUUGAAGGAGAAUUUUAAUUCUUUUAAUAUACCUAAGACUAAGUCUCACAUGAAAAAACAAAGUCUUUGUUUGGAUAAUAUUCCUCAAUCAAUUUAAAUACAAUAAUUUGUUACUCCCAGAGAAACAAAUCAAUAAAUGAGAUUCUCAUCUGCUAAUAUGCCUAGUUAUAUUUCUGAAUUACAAUAAAAACAUUAAGAAAUUCUAUCAUCAAAUAAAGAGAAAUCUACUGUUAAAAAACUUUAGAUCUAAGAAAUAUAAGAAAAAGUAUAAGAUCUUUAAGAUGAAAUUCUUAUUUGUAAAGAAAGAUAAAAAGGUACUGAAUUAGCAAGAGGAUAAGCAGAAGAAGUUCUUGGAUAAAUUGAUGAUGAAAUUCUACUUGCAAAAUAAAAGUUAAAAUAAGUAAAAUCAUAAGGAGAAUAAAUAUAUGAUAGUAUGAUGAAAUUAGAAGAUUAAGAACAUGAUAAAAAAUAUUAUAUGGGUAGAACUUCUACAUUAAAGAGAAAAAGAAGUGAAAUCUAACCACCAAAUCAAAUCAAGAACUAAUUAAAUUAAUUAAAAAAUGAAAUUGAUUAACUCAAAUAAUCCAAAAAAGAAAAAGAGGAAUUUUAUUCUUAAAAAAUUAGAGAAAUAGAACAUUAAUUAGAUUAAAGGAAAACAAAUGAAUCAGUACAUGAUGAUUAACUUAAUGCUUCAUUAAGUCCUGAUAGACAAAAAGUAAGAGUAUAUAGAGGAAAGCAAGCAUUAUUGCAGGUAAUUUCUUUAUCUAUAUUAUAGCUUACACUCAAUUCUGAUUCUUGCUCAAGGUCUUAUGCAUUAAGAAAAUCUUAAGAAAAUAAAUUAAAUUCAGCAUUUGAUUUCAAAUAAUUUGAUGAACAUGAAAAUGUUUCAAUAGAUUCUUUCAAGAAUAAAGAUAAAAAGAAUAGAACAUGUGAUCCAUGUACUAUCUUUUGA